AUGUCGGAGAAAAGAAUUAGCUCGAGAACUACGAAGGGUAGGCCGCCUUCUAGGCUUGGUGAGUGGGACAGUGUCUCAAAGGCCUCGAGAACGUCCAGCAAAGCGGCUGAACUAGAGGUCUUAGUCGCGGAGAAAGAGUUCGAAGCGGCUGAGGAGCUGGCUCAACUUGAGAUGGAGACAGCGGAGCAACUGGCGAAGAAACGCUUGGAGUUGCAGAGAGACGUGAUUCAGAAGCGCCUAGCAGCAGAUAAGGCAGCUGUUGCGCUUGAACUCUCCUCCGUUGGGAGUCGGCACUCUGUUGCAGGCUCCGAGGCAAUGAUGCCAAUCGCCAGUGCAGGCAAGGAAACUCAGAGUCCAAGAUUGACGACGAGUUUGCUGGAGCGUCAUGCCCAGUUUCUACGUAGGCUGGAGCUCAGCAAUCUGGAUACCGGAGCUGGUAAACCCAGACAAGGAGCUGUCACGCUUAGUCGUGCUGGCUUUGACGCAGAUCCUCGUCCGGAGGAAGAAGGCGAUCUAGAUCAGCAAGGCCCAGAGAAUGGCGCUCAGAGUUUGCCUGACCUCAGCAAGGUUCAGUUGAGUAACAGUGUGGAUCUACAAACUGCGGCGGCAGAUUUACUAGGUUCAGUGCCUGUGCCUGUAGACCGUGUGGAUAGCUCUGGAGCUGCAGUAGGUGCGCAGGGCACAGGAAGUGACCACAGCUCGAUCGCUUCUGUGUCCUGGGAUCAUCACCAAGGUGUGAACAGUACAGGUCGUGUACUGGCUGUAGCUAAGCCGGCUGUGCAAGCUCAGCCAAGUCGGCCCCAGCCUUCCAGUCACCAGAGCCAGAGGCAGAUUACCAUUCAUCCAGCCACUCAGGUGAGCCGCAGCAGACUCAACCCUGGCCCAGGGCCAAGUGCAUUGAACUACAAUCCAGUGAGCUCAAUCAGACCAGGACUGGCAGGAGUAAGAUAUGGCUUACCUGCCAUGACCCAGCCAGUGACAGCAUCAGUGAAUACACACCUGGGGCCUGGUGUUGGCAGAUCAUACAGUGUGGCCACUACCACUAGUACUAGUGUUACAUGUGGUGUCACACCCAGUAAUUGGAAACCAGUGACUGUGCAGUCCAGUUUUGCACCCAUCAGUUCUGUGCAGGGACACAGUCACAGGGCACAGAAGUCAGCAGCUACCACAGUGCCAGCACCCGCUGCAGCAGUAUUGUCUGGUCCAGAGCAGCUGCAGAUUUACAACAGCAUGCUGUCCAGACAGCAUUUGAGACCACUAGAGCUGCCGAGAUUCAGUGGCAAGACAAACGAUUACAGCCGGUGGAAGCAGCGCUUUAAGCAACUCAUCGACGACGAUGCAUUCUUGUCAGAGGGGCACAAGUUCGCACGUCUGCGAGAAGCGCUGACAGGUGGUGACGCCUAUGAGUUGAUUGCCGAAAUUGUGGAUGGUCCUGGUGCCUACAAUGCCGCACUGCAUGAGCUAGAUGCAUGGUAUGGCGGGCCAACACGGGACAUCGACCGGUAUGAAAAAGAAUUGAUGUCAGCGCCGCGACUCGUCAAUGAGCGAGACCUCGACGGGUUGAAGAGUUUUGCCGUAAAGCUGAGGAAUGCACUCAUCAAUCUCAGCGCCAGCGGCAUCACACCAGGGCGAGAGUUGUACCUAAGUGUCACGCAGAAGGUACCCAAGUCAGUGUUGACACGCUUUAUGGAAAAGCACGACGACUCGCAGUGCGACAUUGGUGCCUUCUCAGAGUACCUGCUCAAGAGAGUCCAGCGUCUGCGCCAGGUCGAAGAACGAAUGAGUGGCGCCGAGCUGGCUGAACAGCGACCAAGUAGUGGUGGAGCCAAGUUUGGCAAGCGGCCCGACCGUACGUUUGUAGCAACUAUUCGUGGCCAGAGCCCAGACAGCCGCAACGGUUGCAUAUACUGCAACAAAGACCAUGCACUCAGCGAUUGCCGAGAAUUCAAGCAGUUGACAAUCCCUCAGAGAUGGGACUUCAUCAAACCAAAGCCCGUCUGCAUCUGCUGCUUUGGCCCAGGCCACAAGGCGAAGUCAUGCAAGCAGUCCAAGUGCAGCAUCUGUAGUAGGCCACAUCAUCGCCUGCUACACUACACGAAGUUGAACCAACGGACAACCGGAGCCAAUAGUCAACACAGCAAGGACCGCUCAGCUUCUUGCCAGGAUACAAGCACAGAGUCAUCAGCAGCCGACAAGACAGCACACACCCAGACUGCAUGUGGCACUACCAUCGAGCCCAAGUCUGUCGCGUUCAUGACUGUUGCCACCACCGCAAAGGGUCCGACAGGGUCAAGGAAAGCUAACGUCUUCCUGGAUUCAGGAUCUUCUUGCAGCUUUAUAACCUCAGAACUCGUCAGCCAGCUCGGGCUACAGACAACGAAAGCUAACGUCCCGCUGGAUACCGCUGUUCUGGGGGGAGAGAAGCUCCGUCUGGAGCAUUAUACAUCAGCUGAACUAUGUCACGCUGAUGGCCAGUCGUCAACGACCGUCAGAGUGUGGAUGCUUCCGCGCAUCAUGCGUCCCGUCCCAGCCUUCGACUGGACAGAGGAACUGAAACGCUGGCCGCAUCUCAGUGACGUCGUACCUGCAAGCAACGAGUCCAGAGUGGAUCUGUUGAUUGGUCUCAAUGCGCCGCAGCUGCACAUUUCACUUGCCGAACGAUUCUGCAGUGAGGGAGGUCCAAUUGCCAGGAAGACACCGUUGGGCUGGGUACUGUUCGGCGAAGGUCCGACUGACAGCGCAUCAGAGAUGACGGAACAAUCACUACUGGCUGUAAGUGACAGUACACUGAUAAACACCGUCAACAAGUUCUGGGACCUCGAGAGCGUUGGCAUGCAGGCCAAGAGCACAUCAUCCUACCUGACUCCGGAUGAGCGUGAGGCUGACGCAAUGACCGUGCAAAGUCUCCACCACAACGGCACACGGUUCGUUGUCGGCAUCCCAUGGCGAGGCGACGGUAGCAAGCCAAAGAUUCAGCAGAGAUCGGAACAGUACGCCAGGAAGCGGCUCUGCUCGCUACACCGUCUGUUCCAGAAAAAUCCUACUGUACAGCUGCGCUACUCAGAAGUGCUUCAGAACUACCUGAAGAAGGGCUACAUUCACACAGUAUCAACGUCCGCAGUUCAGGCUGCCGGUGUCGACCAGUGGAUUCUGCCUCAUUUCCCAGUAAUCAGAGAAGACAAGGCCACAACAAAAGUUCGCGUGGUGUUUGAUGGCUCAGCCAAGGUGCACGGAGAGUGCAUCAACGAUCUCAUGCACACCGGUCCGAAGUUGCAGAGUGACUUGGUGAAAGUUUUACUCCGCUUCUGUCAUCAGCCGAUCGCACUCGCCGCAGAUAUCUCUGAGAUGUUCUUACAAGUCGAGCUGCGCGAGACGGAUCGCAAGUACCAUCGGUUCAUGUGGAGUGAGUCACCACAGGACCCAGUGGUGUUCUUUGAGUUCUGCCGGGUUGUAUUCGGCAUGCGUGCAUCACCUUACCUCGCAGGAAGAGCACUGAAAGCAACGGCAGAGAAAUUCAGCAGCGAGGCUGGCGCCGAGGUAGCAAAGGCCAUUGAUGACAACUUCUACGUGGACGACUUACUGAUGUCGCUACCGUCAGUACAAUCUGCAAUCGUCACUCGGAGUGACCUUCAACAAGUUACACAGCGUGGUGGUUUUCACUUGCGGAUGUGGAUGAGCAAUACGGAAGCGGUGUUGGAUUCCAUCCCACUGGAAGAUCGAGCCAGCAACAAGAUGAUGACCAUAGCCAGCAGUGAACUGCCACCUCUUCCUCACAAGGCUCUUGGAGUCGCCUGGGAGCCAGAUGAUGACCAGUUCACAUUCAUCUAUCCAGAACCGAGCAACGUCCAGUUCACACGGCGAGGAGUGCUCAGUCAAAUGUGCCGACUGUUUGAUCCCAGAGGACAGCUGUGUCCAUUCACCAUCCGCAGUCGCAUUCUCUUCCAAGCCACCUGCAUCCGUGGAACAGACUGGGAUGAUCCUCUGGACAGUGAUCAAGCAUCAGAGUGGAAGCAAUGGUUCUCAGAGUUCCCAAGUCUGAGAGAUGUGAAGGCAAGCCGAUGCUUCACCGAGAUCAGUUCAGAUCAGCCUCUGACACUCCACACUUUCACAGACGCGUCUGCAUCAGCUUACGCCGCCGUGACGUACGCCCGACAAGAGCGUGAUGACGGGACUGCAAAGGUGACAUUAGCGCUCGCCAAGGCAAGACCAACACCUAUCAAGCGCAAGACCAUCCCCAUGCUGGAGCUGCAAGGUGCAGUGCUAGGCACUCGGUUGAGCUGCUCAGUGGGUGAGGCACUUGAUGUUCCUGUAUCACGGCAGUACUUCUACACUGACUCGAUGAAUGUGUUGUACUGGGUAAGAUCGCCCAGCAGGAAAUUCAAGAUCGAAGUCGGAAACCGCAUCUCGGAGAUCCAAGAGUUCAGUAAUGCAAGUCAAUGGUGUCACGUCAGCACCACAGUCAACCCUGCUGAUAUGCCAAGUCGAGGUGUUGGUGCGACGCAGCUGGCCGAUGAUGCAACAUGGUGGACAGGUCCAGCCUUCUUGUCCAAGCCCACCUCCACAUGGCCCAGUAAGCACAUCGUGCCGCCAGCAGAGCUUCCAGGUCAAUUGAAACGAGAGAUCACGAUGGUGGCCACUACGCAAGAGCUGCCCACAAGCCGUCUUCAUCCAGACCACUUCUCCUCCUGGGAUCACCUCGUACGGAUAACCGCAUGGUGUCGACGAUUCGUCAACAAUGCUAGGCGACGCAGCACGCAAGCCGCCAGUCCUGAGAUUGCGACCAAGUCCGUAACUCUACCAACUGGGAGAAACGUCUCCGUGCCAGAGUUGACAGUGUCCGAGCUAUGGAGUGCUAAGUGUGUAUGGAUCAGCUUGGCUCAGCGAGAGGUUUAUGGCAGAACGUUUGCAGAUGUCACAGGAGGCAAGGGCCUCUCAGCAUCCUCACCGCUACAAAAGCUUCAACCAGUACUAGACGCCACUAGUGGCGUUGGUGUUCUCAAGGUCAAUGGGAGACUUCGCACUGCACACCAUCUACCACCCGGCAUUCGGACACCAGUGAUUUUACCGAGAAGUCACAGAACAACAAAGCUAAUCAUCGCAGCAGCCGAUGCGAACGCCAAUCAUGCCGUCGGUACGAACCACCUUCUAUCACUGCUCGCUGGUGAAUACUGGAUAGUCAAAGGCAAGGCAGCAGUCAAAGAGCACAGGAGCAAGUGCAUUCUCUGUCGGAAGCGCUACGUCAAGACGGCAACACCAGCAAUGGCACCGCUUCCUAAUUUCAGAACGUCUGGACCACAACAACCAUUUGCGAAGGUCGGAGUGGACUAUGCUGGACCAUUCCACACACGCCAGGGUCGUGGUCGAUCUCAGGCCAAGCGGUAUGUAUGUGUCUUCACCUGUCUCCUGACCAGAGCAUGUCACUUUGAGCUCGUCUACUCUCUAGAUACUGCCGGUUUCCUGCUAGCUCUGAGCCGGUUUACUAAGCGCCGCGGAGUGCCACAAAAGAUGGUGUCCGACAACGGUACCAACUUCGUCGCGGCAGAUCAAGAACUGAGAGCAGCUGUGAAGUCACUGGACACCUCCAGGCUUGCCGCGGAGAUGACGUCACGUGGCAUCUCGUGGGCAUUCAACCCACCAAGGGCGCCUCAUUUCGGCGGUGUGUUUGAGGUGAUGGUCAAAUCCAUGAAAAGAGUGCUACAGGGUGUGCUGUACAGAGCUGAUUUGACAGACGAGGAAUUACACACGGCACUGGUUAACGCCGAAGACCUCAUCAAUAGUCGUCCUCUCUGCACCAUGACGUCAGAUGUUGAGGACCUUCAGCCAUUGACACCACAGCAUUUCCUAGUUGGACAUGCCAAUUCUACAAUGGCCGCUGAAGUCAACAUAACCACAGAGACGCAAGUUCACCCAAGGAAGCGAUGGGAGGUCGUACAGCGCAUCAUCGACGAUGUGUGGAAGCGUUGGCUAAAAGAAAUCGUCCCAAAGCUGAACGUUCAAGUGAAGUGGUUACAGAAGCAGCGUAACGUUCAGGAAGGAGACGUUGUGCUUGUGAUGGACGAGCACACCGCAAGGUCACACUGGCCGCUUGGGCGUGUGACAGAGGUCUAUCCCGGCAAGGAUGGUAUUGUUCGAGUGGUGAAGGUCAAGGUGGCUGAAAGAUUCUACAAGCGAGCUGUCCAUCGGCUUGUGCCCCUUGAAGUCGAAGGUACUGAGUGA